AUGCCAACACCCGCAUACGGCAUGUUAGUCGAUGUUGUACAGAAGCGAAACGGUGUGAAAUGCGUCUUCUCUGAUGUCGAAGAUAUCGACCAGUUCAGCGCUUCUGCGAUCGACGAUAUCCUGGCUGCUUUUUCUAUAACAAUCCAAGAGGCCGAGAGACAGGGAGCAUCGGUCAAGGUGAUUCUCAUGUGCAAUCCCCAUAAUCCUGUCGGCAAGUGCUAUGAUGCAGAGGUUCUGAGAGCCAUACUCCGGUUUUGUUGUGAGCGAGGACUUCAUUUGGUGGUGGAUGAGAUCUAUGCGCUCUCGGCGUUUGGGGAGACAUGGAGCAGUGCGUUGAGUUUGGAUGAGAUGCCGACGGACAAUCUGCACGUUUUGUACGGGAUAAGCAAGGACUGGGGUUUGAACGGACUACGAAUGGGUUUCAUGAUCUCGUACAAUCAGCAUGUUCUGACCACAUUGAAGCAAGCUGUUGGCCGCUUCACCCGAUUCUCACAUUUGUCUGAGGAUUUCUUCAUCUCGUUUCUGUCGGACCACAGCUUCAUCGAUGACGUGUACAUACCCACAUUGCGUCAACGCUUGAUCGCCACGCGGACAAAAGCCACCAAGUUCCUCGUGGACUCCAAAAUCCCAUAUACCCCUUCAUCGGCGGGAUUCUUUCUAUGGGUGGAUCUCAGUUCCUGGACAGACCUAUUCCCAGGGGCAGAGUCAGAGUCGGCAGAUCUCCAGUUGGCGCGGCAUUUGGUUAAACACGGUGUGUUUUUGCAACCGAAUAAAGCAUUUAUCUCGAAGAAGAAAGGAUGCUUUCGCUUUGCGUAUAGUCGUGAUGAAGUGACGUUUAAGGAGGGUACAGAUCGUCUGCGAAGGGCGCUAGAUGAGUUAGAAGUCGCGGACUGUGAGUUAUAA